AUGACUAUUAUUUAUUAUUAUUAUGUACAACGCCAUUUAUAAAAAAGGCGUUUAAUCAAAUUGUUCAGUUUCAGUUUUGUGAUUACAUAUGUCAUGUUUUGUUAUUUUCCUACAUAUCUGCGAUGUGUUACAUGUUUAAUUGUAAAGCGCCUUUGAACGUAUAUUCCAUAUGAAAAGGGCGCUCAACAAAUCUGGUAUAGAUCUAAUAUAAUAUAAUAUCUGCGUAUCUAAGGCAGUAAAAGGAAUAAAAUUAUAUCUAUGCGUAAUUUGAUAUUUCUGAACUAGGCUAGCUAAUAAUAAUAAAUUAAUAACAAUAGAAUCUAUUGUUUUUGUUAUCUAACAUAAAAGGGACUGUUGUCCCGAGAGCAUUCACAAAUUACUUUGUAUUUACAGCCACACUGCCUUGUCGUAACAAAAAUUGUUCCAGUAGAGUUACUGGCCCAUUUGAAUGUUGGGUAUUGAUUGUUUAGUAUUGAUCACUGCAGUCUUAAGCAGGCAGCCAGCAGUCUAAGAGUAUUCUGCUUGGCAAUACUUCUAUUGAUAAAAUGGUAAAAUAAACAAUACUGGCUCGUGUUAUAUUUGCUCAAAUAUGGAAAUAUAGAUCCAGCAAGACGCAAUGAACUAUGUUAGUUUUGUACAAGAAAAUGGACUUCAAGCGUGAAAAAGCAAAGUUUAACGUACAAAUGACUGAAGGCAGAUGAAAAUUAAAGAUGUAUGGAGAUAUAUGGAAAUUAGUUUUAGUACUGCUGACCUGUAUUAACUCUGAAUGCCAUGGUGAUGAUGUGGACUCGCUGGAAUUUUGCUCAUUCUUUAAUAACAGGGCUCCAUCACCGCAGCCUGGCCUAAGGAAUUGUACCUGGUUCAAAAAGAAUAGUUGUUGCAAGCAAGAAGAAAUUGAUGCUACAUUUGGUACAGUAAAACCUCUACCGGGCAGCUCUCGAGAAUGUCAAAGGUACACAAACUACCUAAUGUGCUACAUCUGUGCUCCAUAUCAGAACACAUUCUACGGCCAGGAGAAAUUAACAGUUUGUGAGGAAUUCUGUAACGCCUGGUACUCCGCUUGCUCUUCUUCUAUAUUAAAGGGGUCGGUUAUUGGCGACUUGUACACGAAUGGAAGAGAAUUUUGUGAGAAGAGAAACUUUCAGUGUGAACCGAUGGCGAAUAAAAACUGUUUUAUAGAACUGUCAGACUUCGCAUUAAAUCGUGUGUCUGGCGCUACCGGUGUCUACCCUGUGCUGUUAGUUACUGUUUCUAUGAUUUUAACUUGUUGCUUUAUCAUGAAAGCAACAUGAUGUUAACGCAAGUUUUUAAGUGGCCACACGGGUGUUUCAUCAGCUAUGAAAACUAUGAUGUUUGUGUUAUCAUGGAAAACACAAAGAUGUCCAACACCACCUGAAAUAUUAUUGCUAUAUUUUUUCAACGAAUUUUCACCGAAUAACACAUUUAAAAUUGUUCAUUUGUUGGAAAUGAGAGAUAUUACUUCAGAACGUGAAUUAUAACCAAAAUAAAUUAUAUAAAACAUUGAGCGUAAAGGUAUAGCUUUGAAGGAUUCUCAUGUACUUUAUACAGUGUAAUGAAAAUUACAUAUCUAAAUUAUCUGUUAGUUCUGCCAAAUUAUUGUAGCAUAUAUCAAACGAUACUAUAAGCUUCUUUCACUGGUUGUAGGUGCAGAUGGGAAUUGCCGGCCUCGAGGAUAACUGCUAAGGCGGUUACGGCGCUCUGUCGAGUUACCGCGUAAACAGUUGCCGGAGAACCGGAUAUUCCCAUUUGCAGCUACAACCAGUGAUAGAAUCUUUUUCUUGCAUACCGUAUUCAAGCAAAAAUAAUAAUGAUAACAUCAAUCGAACGGCUUUCUUUUUAGAACUAUUUCUUAUAGCAGCGUAUUUAAACAAAGCGCUGAAACCAACGUCCGUAAACAGGAAAGACGUCAUGGCGUUUCAAUGACAAAUAACAAUGCUUAGUUCCGGUUUUGUUUUAUCAGUUGCAGUGUAACGUUAUGAAUGUUUGAUAAAAUAGCGUUUUUUUUUCUAAUCUAGAAUUACUAUCAGGAACUAAGGGGAACUGUCAAGGUAUUGGGUUUUUAUUCGUUUUUUUUUUAAAUGAAAUAUAAAUUAGGCCUACUACAUAAAUCUUCUACAUGUAUGUAGUUCGUAAUACGUAAUUUACAGCACGGGUGUCAUCUACCCCGGGGUGUAAGAUGGAUUAUUCCAGCACCGGUAAAAAUACCGGAAAUCCCCUUCUGUAAGGCAAGAAAAAUAUAUCUAGCUAAAAAUAUGAAAAUCAAAUAUGCACAUUUGGCGUAUAUUGGCGUCAGACCGACUUAUUAUCUGGCCCAUUGAAGGUGCCGAGGAAGACGUACUCCCAGCAGGAAAGACAUAGAGAAUCCAUCAUUGGUCUUCGGUUAAGAUCAGAAAAUCCCAACCCGAGGGCGCACCGCUCAAGUCUUAAACGAGGCUGAGCCGAGUUUAAGACUUGAGCGGUGCGCCCGAGGGUUGGGAUUUCCGAUCUUCACCGAACACCAAUGAUGGAUUCUAUUUCUCACUUACCACAACAAAAACAAUAAAAACAAGCAUAGAAAUAUGAAACUACUUAAAACGCGGGAAAUUGGCGUCCGUAAGCAGAAGUGACGUCGUGAUAUUUCAGUGACGCACAAUAACAAAGUUCCGCUUUAGUUUUAUCGUUUGUAACGUAACGGUACGUUCUUAUCAUAAAGUAAUGAAUUUUGAAUCGAGAAAUACACUAUAAGGAACGAAGAGAAAAGAAAAAGGUACCUGAUUUUUAAUUAUUUUACAUAAAUAAUAUGUAUAUUCAGCGCACGAAGGGAGUCCGUCACAGGAGUGUGGGAUAACCCAUGUGAGAUAAGAUUUUCCAGCACUUCUAAAAAUAGAGAUUUUUCUGUCCGAUAAGUGAGAAAAUGCUAUCCGUGUAGGUGCCGAGGAAGACGUACUUCCAGCAGGAAAGACAAUGCUAUCCGUGCAGGUUCCGAGGAAGACUUACUCCCAGCAGGAAAGACAAUGCUAUCCGUGCAGGUUCCGAGGAAGACUUACUCCCAGCAGGAAAGACAAUGCUAUCCGUGCAGGUUCCGAGGAAGACUUACUCCCAGCAGGAAAGACAAUGCUAUCCGUGUAGGUUACGAGGAGCGUGUAGGUGCCGAGGAAGACUUACUCCCAGCAGGAAAGACAAUGCUAUCCGUGUAGGUUACGAGGAAGACUUACUCCCAGCAGGAAAGACAAUGCUAUCCGUGUAG